GCCCGCGGCGCCGGCUGGGGCAUCACCGCCGGCCUCGACCCCGAAAUGGCGCUGCUGGCCGAGCACCUGCUGAAGCCGCUGCCCGCGGACAAGCAGAUUGAGACCGGGCCCUUCCUCGAGGCGGUGUCCCACCUGCCGCCCUUCUUCGACUGCCUUGGGUCCCCAGUGUUUACACCCAUCAAGGCGGACAUAAGUGGCAACAUCACGAAAAUCAAAGCCGUGUAUGACACCGACCCGGCCAAGUUCCGGACCCUACAGAACAUCCUGGAGGCAGAGAAGGAGAUGCACGGAGCAGAGUGGCCCAAAGUGGGGGCCACGCUGGCGCUGAUGUGGCUGAAGAGAGGCCUCCGCUUCAUCCAGGUCUUCCUGCAGAGCAUCUGCGACGGGGAGCGGGACGAGAACCACCCCAACCACAUCCGUGUCAAUGCCACCAAGGCCUACGAGAUGGCCCUGAAGAAGUACCACGGCUGGAUCGUGCAGAAGAUCUUCCAGGCAGCGCUGUACGCCGCACCCUACAAGUCCGACUUCCUGAAAGCGCUCUCCAAGGGCCAGAACGUGACCGAGGAGGAGUGCCUUGAGAAGGUCCGCCUCUUCCUGGUCAACUUCACGGCCACCAUCGACGUCAUCUACGAGAUGUACACCAAGAUGAACGCCGAGCUCAACUACAAGGUGUAGGCGCGCCGGGCGGGCGCGGCCCCGCCGCCCUCGGCAGAACGGACGAGCCAGAAUCACUGUGAACCACGCGGCAGGCCGCCCUUGGCCUGCGCCCCCAGCGCCGCGGCUCUGCCGGCCUGCAGGGGCCCGCCCUGGUUUUUUAAAAGUCCUUUUUGGGGGUCUACCCCAACGGAGCAAUAAAUAACGGCCCUACUCUGAAUCACCUUUGAAUUUCACAACGGUACAGACUGACUAUACCUUCAUUUCAGUGUGGUAAAAAUGGAUCAAUGUUGCUAAUAAGUCAAGUCUUAAGGUUUUUUGUCCCCCCCACCCCCCAUGGUACGUGACUCUGGGGGAGCCCUGUCAUGCACCUCAAUUUAAAAAUGAGGAUGUGGCAGUGAUGUUUUGGGUAAGUUUAAGGACCACAGGACCACGAGGAGUUUGAUUUGCAAUUAUACAGGACCCCUGCUCUGUGUUAAAAAAAAAUUUUUUUUUCUUUAUUGAUUUUAGAGAGAGAGGAAGGGAAAGAGAGAUAGAAACAUCAAUUGGCCUACUCCUGUAGGCCCCCCACUAAGGGCCAGGCCCACAACCCGGGGAACUAAGGACCAGUUCCUGACGGGGAACUGAACCGGUGACCUCUUGGUGCAUGGGUCGACGCUCAACCUCUGAGCCACACCGGCUGGGCUGUGUGUUUUUGUUAAAGCAAAUGGUCCCCGUGGUCACACAGCCCAGCCUCGGCACUGUCGCCAUCGACCCUGCUCUUUCUCACUGUCUUCUUCCAGACAGUUUUUAGUCGUUGAAAACAACCAGCAAGCCUUUGAUGACCAUGACCAAGGGGACUUUAUUUUAAAGCUAUCAGGUACAAAUAAUUGACCAGAGAUGACUGAAUUUGCAUUCUUCUGCAUAAUUAAUCUUCUUCAGGGACAGCCUUUGCAACCUAAGAAACUACUAACCAUGUGUAUUCUCUCAGCGGGGAGACAGUGAGCCCUCCAGAUGCUGGGACCCAAGGAAACACCUCGCUGCCUUAACUGUCCUUCCUGGCGCUAACAAGAGCUGUAUUUUUCUUUGAAAGCAUUGGGGUGAAUAGAGGAACCCCCAAAGAAUUGAUGUGUGUUAAAAACCCAAUGAGGAGCAAUUGGUGAUUUUUAUGCAGAAACUAAAUAAUUCUUAAUAAAUAAAUCUCUA